ACUUGCUUCUCGAGCGCGGUUCUAUCAAUGAAACUCAUGAAGUUAGGUUCGGCGACCGUUUAUCGUUUAUCAUAAUAUGUCGUGGAAUUCAGUAUAUUGAAGGAGAUCGACACAAAUCACAAAUUGCGCUUUGCAAAGCAGUUAAACCGUAUGACGAGUCAGGAGCGGGCUGCGUACGUAAGUUCACCCGUGCUGGAAGCCUUCAAUCGAACUCCUAUUGAACCAUUACCAUCAUCUUUCUCUCCUUCCAGUCCUACCAUGGCUGCUAAUAUUCUUGACGCAUGCACUGCGAGAGUUGCGACCAGUGCUAACCCUGAGUGUCCUACAGCGCUCACCCACAUCCACGGAACAAUAACUCAUCCCCUGUAUGGAGAGCUUGCCACAGUAUCAGGCACUAUGGUCAACAGGAACGUUCUGAGAGGCACCUUCCUCCAAAUACUGGACGGCGAAUCAGACGAACUUCACCAGUUCUCCCAAAAACUCUUUGAUAAGAACGGGUUCUUAAAGCCCGAGCUCAUCGAGCACGACUAUCAUAGGGGUACCGGCUGCUGGGGAGAGGAAGUCAACGACGGCCUUCUGGUAUAUAUAGAUACUAUUGAGGUUAAUAAGAAUUUUCACAGGUCUGGUGUCGGCAGCUGGGCCAUGCAGCAGCUCCUGAGCUCCCCUCACCUUGGAACUAACUACCAUGCUUUCGCUUGGCCUACUUCGAUAGAAGGCGGUAUAACGCGUGCUCAAUUCAAUUACAAUCGUGAUCGCGCUGUGGCAUUCUUCCGGAAAAACAACUUCCGUCGAGUAGGCAGAACCCCAUUCUUUGCUUACUCUCCUGAUUCGAACCAUUCGUCUCGAGCGAUUCCCAUUUCCGAAGAUGCAGAGGGUAACGCCAUCUUCUCGCGUGAGAACGAAGAGCCCGACGUCGUCCCAGUUCCAGAGGACAUUGGCCCCCUCCCAGAGGAACAAGAAGAGAGGAUGAGAGCGCACAUGCAGAGGUAUAUGCUCCAUCACCUCAUAGCUGCCAGUUCCGCAACGAUGGCCGGUCCACUUGGUAUGCCAAUGCUUCCCCAGCUCGCCCAGUUACCUCAAAUCGAGCAGACCAUUGCUCAAGUGAACAUCACCAAUCCGGAUGCUAUUCAUAGGCAAGACGAGCAGGGCAUGACGCCCUUGCAUUUAGCGGCGGGUAUGCACAAUCUACGAGCCCUACGCGCACUGCUUGGUCCCUCUCUGGGGCCAAACAAUGCCCGCAGUGAAUUAGAGCGUCGGGACAAUACAGAUGGAGUUACUCCCUUAGAAGCUUGCGAACGCGAAAUGCGUAAUGACAAGGAAUUUCGCGAAACCAUGCUAGGAGCCUGGAACGGGUAUCCCGAUGAGGGUUUGAGGUGCGCCUACGAGCUUCGAAGGGCUAUGGGUGAAGAGGUCGGGGAUGAAACCACGUACGUACGUUCCAAAAAGUGGGGUUGUACCUGUGGACAGUGCGUCGACGGUUGGCUGUCACCGAGGAUGGGUUAUCGGAUUUCCUGGCAAGCUACUGUCUGGCACGAUAUGAUACGGGAAGACCCUCCCAGAUUCAAAAGAGGUGGUGGCUUUGAUUAUGCUGUUGGACUUGACACCUUACCGCCCCGCCUUGCCAACAAGUUCACGCGCCCGUUGUUCAAUUCCUACUUAUCGCUCUUUCCUGCUAUUGACCGUGUUAUUGAAUCCAAGAGAGUUCCAACAUCAGAUGCCGUCCUCGCUGAUGCUGGCAGUGCUGCACGCUCCUUCAUCCAGAAGGGAGGAAAGGUUAAGUAUGCGCUGGACCUUGUCACUCUUGCUGCCGAAGAACAAUCCCCGGUCGGCGAUAAUGAAUGGGACUCUCUUAUGGAUGACCUGAUUCAGGAAGGCAGUGAGCUCGGGAUGAAGUUCCACAAUAUGGUCAAAUGCACAAACGAUCUCGAGUUCGGGUUCGUUCGUCAACAAUUGGGUCUACCAAAGGAAACCUCCUGGUUUAAGGAGGACAGCGAUGAGGAUGAUUUUUUGUGAGUUGAGACUUUACCAAUUCUUUCUUCUUUUCAACUUCGAAUCGACUGCGGAGAAAUCGUUGAUCCUACUGUAUUAGUAUGUAUAUUUUAGUGUAAUGACAGAGUCAAACAGAAUACCGUAUAACCACAUAUUCAGC